UAAAAUGAUAUCUUUUCCAGCAAACCACACAUAAAAUGAUUAGUCAUAACCAAAGUAUUCAACAAGAAAAUAUUAAAAACAAUAAAGUGAACACCUUUCUUCAUGUCUAAAUUCUAGUAAUCAUCCUUAAAUUUAGCUUAGUCAUAGUUUACAAUAUAAGUAUCCUACUGUCUUCCAAUUCAUCAAUUGGAUUAAACCAUUUGCUGAGCUGUUAUUUCCUAAUCAUCACCAAACAAGAAGCCAAUACAUAAGAUAAGAGUACUCUUAUCUCUCACUAUAAAUAGUCCUCAAGUAAUUUAAUUUCUACAAAUAUUAUUCAUAUCAAAAACAUUCUUCAAAGAUGACUCAUAUUGUGGAAAAAGUAGUAGCAUGUGAAGAGAUUCUAGAGAAUGUUUGGGCAAACUUCAUAUCCAAGAAUGAUCAAAAUUCUCAAAGUGUGACAAAUGAUCAAUGUUAUGAAAAAUACUGGGAACAAUUUCCAGUUCUUGAAAGGUUGCCAAGCUUGGGAGCUGACACUUGGGAAGAUAUUCUUGAUGGAAUCAUGGCGCCUCGUGAUGAUAAAAAAAAUUCAACUGGUGAAUCAACAAGCAAAAAUGAGGACGUUGAGAAGAAGAAGAAGAUGGUGAAUAAUAAUACGCGACAUUAUAGAGGGGUAAGAAGGAGGCCAUGGGGAAAAUACGCGGCAGAGAUAAGGGAUUCGUCAAGAAAAGGAGCUAGGGUUUGGCUAGGGACAUUUAGUACUGCUGAAGAAGCUGCUAUGGCUUAUGACAAGGCUGCUUUGAGAAUUAGAGGCCCCAAGGCCAACUUAAAUUUCCCACUUGAAACAGUUGCUCAAGCUAUAGUAACAUCUAAUAAUUGUCUUCAUGAAAAAGAAUUGAAUUUCUCAUUAUCAUCAGGUGAUCAAUAUAAUUCAAGGAAAAGGGUAUCAAGGGAUUGGAACAUGUAUGAAAAUUUGGAAGAAAUUAAUCUGUUGCCUGUGGAAAAGAGAAUUAUGAGAAGCAUGGAGGAGGAUCUUUUCAAUGACUUGGACAUCCUAGAAUUUGAAGAUCUUGGAAGUGAUUAUUUGGACAGUUUAUUAUCCUCUCUGUGAUAUAAGAAACACUAUAUAUUUUAGAUACAAUAUUACUAUAUUAGGGAAGAUACAGGGUUAGGGAAAAUUCUUGGAUAUUGUUUAGUACAUACUCCAUAUGUAUGUUAUAAGAAUUUAUUCGAUGAAUCAUUUUGUACAAAAUUAUGAGCCAGUAGAUUUUAGUCACCCCACUUUUAUUAUCUUUCAUGAAUCAUGAAUAUUGAGUUGUAAAAUUUAGAUUAUUGUUUUUGUUUGUUUAUCCAACUACUCGUCUUUAGUCGUAUAAUGUAAUGUAUAACUAGCUAGCUAGCUAGCGAUGAAUGCUGGGAAGUUAAUGAAAGUCACUGUUGAUCAAUUGUUAGGGACACAUGCAAUGUACUCAGAUGCAAAAAAUCCACAUGA